UUUGGUAGAGAUUCCAUUGGGAGACCCCGGUGCGAGCUUUUCAGCUGGUUUUGUUUACAUUCAGAUAGUUAGCAUAGUGUAAUCAAUUUAUCAAUGUUUUUAGGUAAUUUAGAAGAUUUUCCGUGGAUGGUGAAGGUGUUCAGGUGGUAACAGGUGAGCCCCAGAGUCGCAAAGGCCGUUUUUAAAACCGUCCUGGAGUCCGGUUGAUCGAAAUCGAGACUGAGAAGGGUGAGUACCGGUGGAUAUCAGAGUGAGUCUGGAAAGGGCACAGACGUUGAUCUGGCCGUGAUUCGAGCACCUGUUACAUUCUGAACACUUCAGUGACACGGAAAGUCGACUAAUGAUGGAUUCGGAAUUCGAGAUGAAAUAUCGAACCCUUCUGGUGCACCACCUAGAGAAGGAGGAGGUGGAGUUUGAACUGGAUGUUAGGGCAGUACCUUUUGAAAAGGCAGAAAAUGUUGGUGUUUUAAGAAGGCGGUUGAGAGAAGCUUUGAAGAGGGACAAAGCAGAGGAGAUGUUAGUAGAUUUUGCGAAAUGCCAGCAUCGGUCAGUAGACAAUGAAAUAAAAGUGAUCGACACGAACGUUAAACAAAUAACCGAUUUUCUAGAGAAGAAGCGCAGUUUUGAAGGGGUUAAGGACUCCCUGAAGACACGUUUAGUCCACUACUUUGCACGAUGUUCGGCAAUUCAAGCAGCGGCCGACAAAGAUGAUGAUCUAGAGGAUUUGGACAAGCUGUUAACUACAGUUCGUCAACUUUAUAAUACAUAUUUCACAAUUUUCUCUCCGAUGGACUCUAUCCGUAAUGAGGUCAUGCUGCAAAUUUCAAAUUCCUUAGCUCAGCUACAGGUAGCUCAGGCAGGAGCAUCCGGACCGGCAAAACAGGUUCAGAGUAGGUCUCAGGGGACACAAACGGAAGAUGAUGUAGGAUCUCAGGAAGAGGAACGGUUGCGCGGUGUAUUCCCUCCGGCUAGACGACAGCUCAGGUCAAAUUUAGCCUCCAGAAAAGAUCUCGCUUCUUCGUUCAAUAUUCCAUCGUCGGUUCAACAACCUUCGGGUUCGGGAUUAAAUUCUCGCCGAAGCGAGGAGAACGAGAUAUUUCUAAAUCGUUAUGACUUGUCAGGAAGGAGUCGUAAUCCAUUAGGCAAGGGUAAUGCUUCUGAUACUGAAUCGGACUCUUCAAAGUCACAGUCCCCGCCUAGUAGGCGUAGAUCCAGGCACGUUAGGUCCAGCGUAAAGCGUAGUAGACCGGUCUCAGACUGGAACUUACGGUACGAUGGUAGAGAUGGUGGCCAAGGGUUGAUGCGAUUCAUAAAGGAAGUAGAAUUCUAUGCCAAAUCGGAGAACGUCUCCGAAAAGGAAUUAUUCCGCUCCGCCAUACAUUUGUUUGCAGGCGCAGCAAAAAUUUGGUUCAUGUCAGGAGUUGAAAACGGGGACUUCUCCUCGUGGAAGGAACUCGUAACGGAAAUGAAAAGGGAAUUUUUGAGUCCGGACCAUGACCACGUUAGUGAGUUUAGGGCCAUAGAACGGAAGCAGAAACACAAGGAGAAAUUCCAAGAUUUCUUCUUCGAUAUGCAAAAAUUGUUCAAUUCACUCACGAAACCCAUUUCUGAGCGGAAGAAGUUUGAAAUUGUCUUCAGAAACCUCAGAGCGGACUACAAAGGUUAUGUGGUAGCAGCAAACAUAGAUAAUCUCGCAGAUUUAAAACCUUUUGGCCGCAAAUUGGACGCCACUUUCUGGUACAAAUACGAGAACCGCAGUACGGAGGAAAGCUCCAAGGCUCGGAACCAAAUUAGCGAAUUGAAGACACAUCCUAAGUCAAAACCGACAGGGGCUGUGAGUCGUCCUACCAAAAACUCAGCUGAGCAGAAACCUCUCAAUAAAAGUGAUGAGGAUAAAAAUGCCCGGAAACCGUCACCUGAGCAAGGUGAGGGUAACCAGAAGCAGAACAAUAGCGCCCAUGAUAAAGGAUUGCCAAUCCUGGUUGAGAAGUACGUUCCUCCCAAGCCUGGCGUAUGUUUCAAUUGUAGACUUCCUGGGCACCACCAGACGGACUGCGACCGUCCGAAACAUAAAUUUUGUUUUAGAUGCGGCUUUCUUAACGUGGAGACGAAAGAAUGUCCGUUUUGUGCAAAAAACGCAUAAAAACCCGUCUGAAGGGGCAGGCGGAAGCAUGGUAUACCCCAAAAUCCCCUAUUAUACCCGAUUGUGCUGAGUGUUCACUCGGACAAAGGCAGGUAGAAGACGAGGAGUAUGUACACUGCUCCAGCGUCGAAAUCAGUGAACAGAUUCUCAAAAUUGAUCAUGAUGAUAGGCCCUUCGUAAAAGUAGAUAUUUUAAAUGUACCCCUAAUUGGCUUACUCGAUAGUGGAGCCAACCGCAGCAUAUUAGGUUCAGGAACAAAUUCUCUCCUCAAAGCUUGUAAACUUCGCUUACAGCCCGUAAAUAUCGAUAUUUCCACCGCGAGUGGUCAGAAGCUAGAUGUUUCAGGGUGCGUAGAGUUGCCAGUAACGUUCGGUGGAAUAACGAAAAUUCUUUCGGCUUUAGUAAUACCAUCCGUCAAACGAAAAUUGAUUCUGGGCUCGGACUUCUGGAAAUCCUUCGGGAUAGUGCCUUCGGUAUUGUCCGAGGACAACAGAGGAUCUGUUGAGGAACUCCAAGAUCAUGACGAAACUCCAUUUUUAUCCCAACAUCAAUUGAAGAUGUUGGAAGAGGUCAAACAGUUGUUCA